AUGCCUAGCAGAAUGGGCUCGAAAAUUGAUUUGAACAAAGACUUCAUCAGAGUAAAAACACACUAUAGCGGGGACAUCCUGAUAACAAACUUGGAUGCGUCAAUGAGCUAUGAUGAACUUUGUGAUGAGGUGCAUGAGAUGUGUAAUUUACAACAGGAACAGCCCAUUACCCUCAAGUGGAUUGAUGAUGAAGGUGACCCAUGUACCAUCUCUUCUCAGAUGGAACUGGAAGAAGCCUUCCGUUUGUAUUGUCAGAACAGAGGCGAAGGGCUGAUAAUUCAUGUUUUCCCAAGUAUUCCGGAGAAACCCGGCAUGCCUUGCCCAGGAGAAGACAAAUCAAUCUACCGCCGUGGAGCCAGAAGAUGGAGGAAGCUGUACCGAGUGAAUGGGCAUUUGUUUCAAGCCAAACGGUUUAACAGAAGAGCGUACUGUGGCCAGUGCAGCGAAAGGAUAUGGGGUCUCGGAAGGCAAGGCUACAAGUGUAUCAACUGCAAGUUGUUGGUCCAUAAGCGUUGUCAUAUACUUGUUCCACUGACCUGCAAAAGGCAUAUGGAUUCGGUCAUGCCUUCCCAGGAACCUCGCUUAGAUGAUAAAAAUGAUGAAGCUGACCUCAAAGCAGAAGAAACUGAUGGAAUUCCCUACAUUCCUUCAAACUGGAAACAUGACAACAUUAAAGAUGAUUCUGAGGAUAUCAAACCAGUCAUUGACGGAAUGGAUGGAAUUAAGAUUUCUCAGGGGCUUGGACUACAGGACUUUGAUUUAAUCAGAGUUAUUGGACGUGGAAGUUAUGCCAAAGUUCUUUUAGUUCGGUUAAAAAAGAAUGAUCAAAUUUAUGCUAUGAAAGUAGUGAAAAAAGAAUUGGUCCAUGAUGAUGAGGAUAUCGAUUGGGUACAGACAGAGAAACACGUGUUCGAACAGGCUUCCAGUAACCCAUUCCUAGUCGGUUUACAUUCAUGCUUUCAAACAACGAGUCGAUUGUUUCUUGUCAUAGAGUAUGUAAAUGGGGGAGAUCUUAUGUUUCAUAUGCAACGACAAAGAAAACUUCCUGAAGAACAUGCAAGGUUUUAUGCUGCUGAAAUUUGUAUUGCUCUAAACUUCCUACAUGAAAGAGGCAUAAUCUACAGAGAUUUAAAACUAGACAAUGUUCUUUUAGAUGCAGAGGGUCAUAUCAAAUUAACAGAUUAUGGCAUGUGCAAGGAAGGUCUGGGCCCUGGUGACACUACAAGCACUUUCUGUGGGACGCCAAAUUAUAUUGCACCAGAGAUCCUCAGAGGAGAAGAAUAUGGGUUCAGCGUGGACUGGUGGGCGCUCGGUGUGUUGAUGUUUGAAAUGAUGGCAGGAAGGUCUCCAUUUGAUAUUAUUACUGACAAUCCAGACAUGAACACUGAAGAUUACCUCUUCCAAGUUAUUCUUGAGAAGCCAAUCCGGAUUCCAAGGUUUCUUUCUGUCAAGGCUUCCCAUGUGUUAAAAGGAUUUUUAAACAAGGAUCCCAAAGAAAGGCUUGGUUGUCAGCCGCAGACAGGAUUUUCUGAUAUCAAGUCUCACACAUUUUUCCGCAGCAUAGACUGGGAUCUGCUGGAAAAGAAGCAAGCAAGCCCUCCAUUUCAGCCUCAGAUCACAGAUGACUAUGGUUUGGAUAACUUUGAUACGCAGUUCACCAGCGAACCUGUGCAGCUAACCCCAGAUGAUGAAGAUAUAAUAAAGCGAAUAGAUCAGUCAGAAUUUGAAGGAUUUGAAUAUAUUAAUCCAUUGUUGCUGUCAACAGAAGAAACAGUAUGAAGGAAUGACAUCUUCGUUGUGGACCAUGUGAAUGACCUUUAAAUUUAUCCUUAACUACAGUAUAUGCAUGCGAGGCUGGGGAACUGUAAGAUUUUGGAUGGAGACCAAUGAUUUAAAAAAAAAAAAUUGCUGCUGAAAAUCAAAGAAGAGAAAUAAAUGGUUUUGGUGGGUGUCUUCUGCCACUUAGUGAUUCUUAAGUUCUGGGCACUGACACAACUGGCUUCAUUAAUGAAGGAAUUUGCGUUUUGUGCCUGUUUCAUGAAGGAUUGAAAUGUUCAUUGCAUCCCUGGAAAAGGAGAUUCCGAACAACUUUGAGAUCUACGUACUUUCUACAAACAUUUGAUGCAAUGAGCUACCAAUUGAAGAAUAUUACAGUGUAACAUCCUGAAGAAUAAAAUAUAUUACGGUGGUGUUGAAGCUUA